AUGUCAAAUUCGCACAUACUUCCAACUCCAGUUGAUAACCAAAAAUCUUCUAUAAAAUCUUUUCUUUCUCGAUAUUUUUCGAAGAAAUCUUCUUCGAUUGUUGAAUCUUGCCGAAAGCCAAUACGUCGAUCACGAAAAAAAUCAGACUUUAUCGGAGAGAUUAAUCCCUCUAAAAAAUCCCAUUCACUACAUAAGAAAACUCAUAAUUAUGACAUGACAAUUUUACAUGAAGAUGAAUUGAACAAUACCCAAUUGGCUACAAUUCGUCGUCGAAAAAAGACCAUUCCUAAUUGGGCGAAACAAGAUCAACUUCAAUUAGCAAUUAUCAAUCAAGUCUAUUUUCAGGAGCAAAAUCCGGAAGAAAUCUUCGGCAGCUUUCGACUAGAUGAAGCGUUCGAUAUGAUUAAUUCAUUGCUUGUUUCACGUCGUAUUUUAUAA